AUGGAACUGGCUUUCGACGAUGUUUUUACUGGUGUAUUCAUUGGCGAUGACGAUGCCGACGACGAGGACGACGAUGAAUCAUCGCCCGAUGCUGAACUCAGUCCGAGAAUCAUACUGGCUUUCGAACUCUUGCUGAUUGUGAUGUGUGCCGCCGACGCUGCAGAAUCACUUUCGAAAUCUUGUGUUGUCUCUGAUAUUCUGCCGUAUUCAACAUCGACAUUGAAUGGCUCUGAUAAAUGUAGUGGUAUUGAAUUAUUUAUAAAGGGUAUACAUAAUAUUUGUUUAUACAUCGAAAAUAGAUACACUCUAUUAUAUCGAGUAGAUUUAGUUAUUUAA